GGGCCGGCAGCCCCCACCCGAGCCAGGACACAGCACCAGGGACACAGCACCCAGGGACACAGCACCCAGGGCCACAGCACCUGCUCUUUCUGUCCUCAGUGCCAUGGGGCUCAGCGACGCAGAAUGGCAGCUGGUGCUGAACAUCUGGGGGAAGGUGGAGACCGACCUCGCCGGCCACGGGCAGCAAGUCCUCAUCAGUCUCUUUAAGGGGCACCCUGAGACCCUGGAGAAGUUUGACAAGUUCAAGCACCUGAAGUCGGAGGACGAGAUGAAGGCCUCGGAGGACCUCAAGAAGCACGGCACCACGGUGCUCACGGCGCUGGGCGGCAUCCUCAAGAAGAAGGGGCAGCACGAGGCGGAGAUCAAGCCCCUGGCCCAGUCGCACGCCACCAAGCACAAGAUCCCCAUCAAGUACCUGGAGUUCAUCUCGGAAGCCAUCAUCGAGGUCCUGAAGAGCAAGCACUCCGGGGACUUCAAUGACGCGGCCCAGGGCGCCAUGCGCAAGGCGCUGGAGCUGUUCCGGAACGACAUCGCGGCCAAGUACAAGGAGCUGGGGUUCCAGGGCUGAGCCCCGAGGCGGCCUGGGCCCCCGGGUUGGGUGGGCACCGAGGGCCGUGGUGGCCGAGUACUGCGUGUGUGUGUGUGGUGUGACCGCUUGCUUAGGGGAGGUGGCCGGGAGGCGGCCGGUGGGCGCCCCAGAGGAGUGUCACCGCCCUGGGAACCGGCCAUCGUGGCCUGCUGACCGCAGCCGCCGGGCUGGGUGGCCUCGUGUCUCUCUGGCCAGAUCCCACCGCAGCUCCCCCAGCCCCCCAGCCGCUUCUCCUCCCUCCCCUGAACCCCAGAGCCAGCCAUCAGCCCCCCGCUGCCUGGAGUCUCUGACCCCUCACCUACAGAUGUCCCUUUGUGAGGGGGAAGCCCGGGCAGUGGGGGCGGCCAGGUUCCUGGGCACGCAUGGCCUCCGGGAUGGGCUGACCCUCCUGGUUUUAAUAAAACACUUGCAACCUCUC